AUGAUUGAUGGAACACAUUUUCGAGGUGGUAUUAUUUCAUGGCGUCCAUUAAACGCUACUCCAUCUGGUACAACUGCACAAAUUCUCAUACACCAAAGAUAUUUUUGGUGGCGGCUAUAUUCUGGUUUCAACGGUUAUCUAUGUACAGAAGCAGAUGUUACCGCCGGCACUACCAUUCCAGUUUAUGAUGUUAUGACAUGUUUAAUGAACUGCACAAAUUCGAAUUAUCCCAGUGCUGGUCUUUCAACUGCCAUGAUAACCAGUGAUUGUCAAAGUAACCCACUAAUUCAGUCAUGGGCCGGUGAAAAGUAUGAUUCGUUGCCUCUACUUUUAACAACAUCAAUUACAAUUGGUUUUCAAGGAGGACAAUGGCUGAGCAAUCUUUAUAUAGGUGCUAAUACGAAUUGGUCGAUUGUUAAUCGAUUGGACUUAGGCUUAAGACCUGAUGGUUACAUCAACAGCAGUCCUGUCACGAAUACGCUACCUGUAAUAUUCUAUCCAAUAAAUACACCAAUUGUUCAUAUUGUCCAAAUGGCAGAUAAUGAUGGCACUGACAUAUUGAAAUGUCGUUGGUCAGAUAGCAAUCAAACAUACAAUUACAAUACAAUAGAUGAAUGUAAGGGUGUUUGCUAUGGAUUACCUGCCGGAUAUGGAUUAACUGGCUCUAAUUGCACAUUAACCUUCACUUUACCGCAAGAUGGUAUAUAUUAUGCAAUUGCUUUGCAAAUUGAAGAUUACUAUGAUAAAUUAUCUCCGAGUCCAAUGAGUUCUGUUCCCAUACAAUUCUUACUUUUUGGAUACAUUCCUAGCAGUAACUGCACACGCCCUUCAAUCAUCGGUGUUCGUCCAAACAGAGCUUGUAUUGGAGUGCCUUAUAAUGUUCAAUUGAAUGAGACUAUCAUUGUACAAACGUAUUGUCCUAAUCAAACAAUCGUUGAUUUCGUCACUGCUUCACCAUAUGGAAUGACACAUAGUGGGAUCAGCCAUCCAAGUGCUGAUACGUGGGUUAUGACAUUGACAUGGACACCCGAUCCAGUUCAGGCUGGUCCCCAAAGCUUUUGUGCUGCUGCUGUUGAUAACAAUAAUUUACAAUCCGAUUCAUGGUGUAUUACAUACCUAGUUAAUUAUGAUUCACCGGGUAUAAUUCGUCCUGAAGUUGUACAAGGAUCCGCCAGCCCAGUUGGCACCGUCUUCCAAAAUCAUUCCAUGUUUUAUAUACAAGCAAAAGGUGAAGUUGGUCGUCCAACUCGUAAUGGAACAAAUGUCUGUUUUCGUAAUUCAGCUACAAACAUAUCAGUUGUCUGUUACGAUGCUGGAUAUGCACCCAAUGUAAUUUAUACCGGAAAUACAAUUAUCAUUAUCACAAAUGUUACAUGGACACCUGGACAGUUUUACUAUGUCACAAUGGACAGUGGAUUUGCUAGUGGCAGUGUUUUCUGUCAUGCUGAAUCAGCACCCGUCACUAAUCCGACAUUUUGGCGAUACAAUAUCUGGGAUCCGGCUGUUUCUAGUACGACAACAACAACAACAACACCAUUUACAACUGUAACAGUCACCACAAGGCCAACAUCGACAACAAGUAUUAAUACUCUUUUGACAACAACUGGUAUUGUGGUAACAACAACAACUCCUCCUACAACAACUGCAGCAGCACUCACAACUACUUUAUCUUUGACUACCGCUACAACCGUUUCAACUACUUCAGGUACAACAAGUGACGCCGUUGUUGUUAUCAAUCCACACGAUCUGGUAUGA